AUGCUUUUACCUGGUCUUAAAUGCAAAGUGACUGUCGAUAAAACUCGUGUUAAUGGUCUUGAAGUAUCAUUUGGUGAAGUUAAAGGUUUUAUUCAUGCACAAAAUUUCCCAACUUUAAAAACUUCUAUUGAUGAUUUCUCUCCUGAACAAGAAUUGGAAGCAACAAUUCUAUCAAUUGAUCCAACAACAAAAUUAAUUCAUUAUUCAAUACAACCACAUUUCUUAUCAUUAAAUUCUCCACCAUCAAUUCUUGAUAAUACAAUUAUUGGUUCGAUUCAAACAUGUACCGUUAUUCGAAAUAUUGGUUCAUUACUUGUUAUUCGAAUUCCAUCAUUAAAUCAAUAUGAAAUUGUUUCAUCAAGUCAAUUAACUGAUGAAAAAUAUGAUGAUAUUCAACAAAUAUUAAAUUCAUUUAAAUCAGGACUAAAAAUUCAAUAUGAUAUUCAGUCAUAUUUGAUUUUUAUCAUUCAUUUUAUUUUAUUUAGAUGUCGAAUUAUUGGGAUUUCAUUAGCAAGUAAUUUAGCAAUAUGUAGUUUAAAACAGAGUAUUAUCGAAGCACCUUUUAUCACAUAUUCUGAUAUUCAAAUUGGUAGUUCAGUUAAAGGUUCAAUAACUCAUGUUGAUGAAAAUGGUUUGAUUAUAAAUUUAACCAAAUAUAUUAAUGGUUUUGUACCAAUUAUUCAUAAUGCUGAUAUACCAAUAAAAGAAACAUUAAAUAAAUUUCCAUUAAAAGUAAUUGAAUGUGAAAAUGACGAAUAUUUAAUUGGCAAUGUUAUUACAGAACGUCGACGAAAACCCAUAACAGUAACAUUAACACGAUAUCAUACAUCAGAUUUUGUUGAACAUCAAUCUGCAUUAAUGCGUUUGGAUUUAUCAUCAAAUAAAGAUAAACAACGUGAUGAAAUCUAUUGGUCUCAUUUAUCUUAUAUAAAUAUUUCUAUGAAAAAAAUUUUAAGUGUUGAUCAAAAUAUUUUUGAAUAUGGUCUUUUUAUUGAUUUACCAAAUACAAUUAUCGCAUUUGCUCCACAUAAACAUCUCGAUUUACAUGGAAUAUUAGAAAGUAUAGAUAAAAAAUAUCGAAAUGGUAAAACAGUAUUCGUACGAAUCUUACAAUUAGAUGAAGAAAAAAAUCGUUGUAUUGUCUCACUUAAAUCAUUAAUAUAUGAUGGUCCAUUAUCAAAAUUUUUUCAAGAAAUAAAUCAAUGGAUUGGUUUUAAAUGUCGAUGUUUAAUUGAAAAACGUCUUGAUGAUUGGUUUAUAGGUCGAUUAGAAAAUGGUCUUCCAGCUAGUUUACCAUAUGAUCCACAUUAUUCUACCGGAGAUUCAAUUGAAGGUUAUAUUAUUGAUUUUAAUUUACCAUCAGAACAAUUUGUCAUUACAAUUGAUCUUAAAAAACCGAUUAAAUAUUCAAUAGAUUCUUCGCAAACAUUUCCACAAUGUACAAUUCUUUGUCAAUUACCAUCAUAUGCUUUAGCGAUAACUGAACAUUCAAAUCAUCUUAUUCAUUUACCAAAAUUUUCUGAUUUAAGUUCAAUCUUUCGAAUCCAUUGA